AUAAAACAAGGCAGUCGUCGUUCAUUCGUUUGUGUUUGUUGGUUGUUCAGCAGUUUUGGGGUGUUAGACCGAAGGUUUCUCUCUCGGUUCAGCAGCACUCGAGUUUGUCACAAAUCGAUUAUAUUUAUUGCUGCGCUGUAGACUUUUAUAAAGAAGGAAACAAAGCUGUCAUCACAGCGCUUCCUGUUUUUUUUCGGUGUCGCAACCAAACAGAACACAACAGCUGCGAAUGCAAACUUGGUUAUUGUGUGAUAGCUGACUAGCUAACUAAGCAACUAGAGGUUUUAGAAAAAGGCAAUUUGGAUCGUUUAUUUUUGUAGUUUACUUAUUUUUCAAAUAUUGGACUGAACAUUGUUUUGAAUCCCUUUCGGCGAGCUAACUUCGCUGUUGAGCAGAACAAUGCGCUUCGCACCUAUCCCCUGCGCCGUGGGGCUGCUGUGUUGUGUUCUGGUGUUGCGCUCGGUACCAUUGGGGACCUCGUUCCCCGUUCAGGACGAGGGGAAACCGGGCAUAACGUUUCUGGAAGAGGUCGGGCGUCUCCGGGUCGGGUUCAACUGGCGGAACCUGACCUGUCCGGUGUGUAAAGUCCUCUUCACCAUACUGGAUAUCGCUCUGCUGAGUGACGUUAACGAGGAGCGGGUUGCGCGGGCCGUGGGUGAGGCCUGUAUCCGUCUCCACCUGGCUGAAGAGCGGGUCUGUCGUCAAAUCACAGAGCUGUUCAGAGAUGACUUCAUCAGCGCCUUGCAGCAGUCUCUGUUGUGGCCGUCGGAGGCCUGCGCUCUGCUGGUGGGGAGGUCAUGUGGACGCUUCGAUAUCUAUGCCCCCUGGAACGUAACCCUACCCCGGAUCCCCAAACCCCCAGUCACCCCGCCUACACCCCCCAAGCCUGGAGCACCACAGAGCAGGGUUCUCUUCCUCACAGACAUACACUGGGAUCAGGAGUAUGCAGUGGGCAGCUCUGCUGACUGUAAGGACCCGCUGUGUUGUCGUAAUGAGUCUGGAUCUCCCAACUGGCGUCAGAGAGCGGCUGGGUUCUGGGGUUCCUACAGUAAAUGUGACCUGCCCCUGAGAACCGUGGAGAACAUGUUGGAGAAUGCAGCUAGAACCGGUCCAUGGGACUGGGUCUACUGGACAGGAGACAUACCUGCUCAUAACAUCUGGUCUCAAACCAGGAAGCAGCAACUGUCUGAACUCACCGUUAUCACCAGACUGAUACACAGUCACCUAGGUAACUUGAAGGUGUACCCGGCGAUCGGUAACCACGAGAGCACCCCGGUCAACAGUUUCCCCCCGCCGUUCGUCCAUGGCAACCGGUCGUCACGCUGGCUCUAUGACACCAUGGCCGAGGAGUGGGCGCCAUGGCUACCAGAACAGGCCCUGAAGACCCUUAGGCAUGGUGGGUUCUACACAGUAGAGGUCCAGCCAGGUCUUCGAGUGGUGUCUCUGAACAUGAACUUCUGUGCCAGGGAAAAUUACUGGCUGAUGGUCAACUCUACUGACCCUGCUAACCAGCUCCAGUGGCUGAUCCACAUACUACAGGCCAGUGAAGAGAAGGGAGAGAGGGUCCACAUCAUCGGUCACAUCCCCCCUGGUCUCUGUUUGAGCAGCUGGAGUUGGAACUACUACCACAUCAUCAACCGGUAUGAGGGUACAAUCACGGGUCAGUUCUUCGGCCACACGCACAUGGAUGAGUUUCAGAUGUUUUAUGACGAGGCGACGAUGACUAGGGCUGUGGGCGUGGCCUUCAUCGCUCCCUCCAUCACCACCUACGUCAACCUCAACCCAGGUUACCGGGUCUACCUGGUCGACGGUAACUACAAGGACAGUUCUCGGUUUGUUCUGGACCACGAGACGUAUAUCUUAAACCUUACAGAGGCUAACCGACAACCUGAAGGGGGCGUCUCCACCCUGCUCCCCACCACCUCACAACACCCCAUCUUCCACCCUGAUCCAAACCCCAAAUGGACCCUCCUCUACCGCGCUUCUGAAGCCUACGGCGUCUCCUCCCUGUUCCCGUCGGACUGGGACGGGCUGAUCAGGACCUUCCUCCAGGACGACCGCGUGUUUCAGCGGUUCUGGUACCUCAGACAUAAAGGCCACGUGUCAGAACCCUGUAUAGAUGCCUGUAAGGCGACCGUUGUCUGUUUCCUACGUUCAGGCAGAUAUGAUGAGCUGAAGCAGUGUGAUCUGUUUGCGUUCGGGGGGGAUAUGGUUACAGCUGUUAGGAAGACACUGUGUUGAACUGGGUUAGGGUGGGGGCUCUGUGGGGGGGGGGGGUAAUUUAGUUUGAAUGUCGGCCAUGUUGUCACCAACUGUUUAAGACAUUGAAUGUGAUUCUGGCUAAGUGAAACGUAAUGGAACACUGGUUGAUGGCCUGGUUCUUUUGUUCUGGACCUCAACCUGUCUAAUCAGUAUCUGCGUUGUCAGAGGACAUUAAGAUGUCAAAAUAAUGGACAAAAAAAAAAAACGAUGUUUGUUUUUUACAAAGACACAAUGCAGAACAUUGUGUCAUGUUGAGUCUCUUCACUGAGUUGAGUCCUGAAGUGUUCAUAGUAAAGUCUCCCAAAGGGUUGCAUUGAUGGUGUUACUGCAUUCAUUUAGCCUAAUGGAUUUCAUCACGUUGGCGACAGAGUUGAGGGUGUCUAUGCUGUUUGAGUCCGGGGCGUUUUCAGAACGACUGGGCGACUCCGGGGCGUUUUCAGAACGACUGGGCGACUCCGGGGCGUUUUCAGAACGACUGGGCGACUCUGGGGCGUUUUCAGAAUGACUGGGCGACUCUGGGGCGUUUUCAGAACGACUGGGCGACUCCGGGGCGUUUUCAGAACGACUGGGCGACUCCGGGGCGUUUUCAGAACGACUGGGCGACUCCGGGGCGUUUUCAGAACGACUGGGCGACUCCGGGGCGUUUUCAGAACGACUGGGCGACUCCGGGGCGUUUUCAGAACGACUGGGCGACUCCGGGGCGUUUUCAGAACGACUGGGCGACUCCGGGGCGUUUUCAGAACGACUGGGCGACUCCGGGGCGUUUUCAGAACGACGGGGGAGAGCGGCGGCUGGUGUUGAAAUCAACAGUCAGUAUUUUGGUGUGAAGUUUUCCCCAGAAUGAGAUUGACUUCAGUUGUUGCCUGUCACAUCCACAUAAACCUAGUUGCUUAGCUAGUGGCAACCAGUUUACAUUGAUUAACUGAUUACUUAGAUGGAGGCCAGGAUUCAAUCCAUUGUUGGCUAUGUGCCAUUUUUAAAGGUCAUUUUCUCGAUUUGAGCCGAGAAAUGCAGCGUUUAUGGUCAAUGUGAACACGGGAACAUUGCCGUUUCUUAAAAAGGUGCAUAGCUGCCAUUGUGAUCAGAAUCCUGGGUCUUUAAUCUUCUGGCUUUGUGAAAGCUGUUUUAAAGAACCGUUAACGCACCUUGGUGUCCAGAUCUUUGAUUUCGUAUCGAACCGUUUCAGCUCUGUAUUUGUCUUCAGUGAGUUGUUUGCACAUGUUGUGAAAUUACUGUCUACACUGAUACCUUCCACUCUCAUUCAGCACUUUAAUUUCUGGUGUGGAUUGUCUUGUGUGUAACAUGUCUGUAAUUAUUAAAAAGAUGAACAUUUUUGGGAAUAAAGAUGCAUUUUGAGAUUUACUUAA